UUCAUGAUCACUUUGUUAUGAAUCUCAAAAUAUAUCCAUUUAUAAAUCAAUAUGUAAUAUUGAGUAAUUUCUAUGGAUUUUUAAUAGCGAGUCCUAUAAUAGGAUCCAAUGUUAGACAAGCUAAUUCAGAUGAAUUUCCAUCCAUUGUAUCUCUCAUGGACAUUCGCGAAGGAAUUGAAGAUGUAGAAGAAUUACAUUUCUGUACUGGAGCACUUUUAACAAAUACUCAUGUUUUAACUGCUGCACACUGUUUAGAAGAUACGUUGAAAAAUGAAACUCAAAUAGUUAUUGGAUCAAGAGAUUUAAGAUGCGGUCAAAUAUUUUAUCCAUUAUGGUGGGUUGAUUAUAAUCAGUGGGCUGUAUUUCAGAAUGUACAACUUCGAUUUCGUGUAAAUGAUAUUGCAAUUAUAAAGUUGUCUCAAUGCGUACCAAAUAACAUAACGCCAUUGCCUUUGUCAACUGCAAAAAAUAUCUAUCUAUAUGGCUUAAAUGUCGUAGCAGCAGGAUGGGGUAUAUCGAAUAAUGGUGAAGUUACAAGAAUAAUGGAAACUGUUAAUUUAAGAAUUUUAUCCAAUGCUGAUUGUGAAGUGAGAAUUGCAUCGGCUAAUGGGAGAAGAAUACCUGUUCAUGAAAGACUUCUAUGUAGCAUAUCGGAACCAUUUGCAGUGAUGCAGGCUAUACAAGUUCGUUCACGAGGACAAGUAGGACCUACAAGGAAUCCAUUGGAUCGACAACCACAAGGAAGUGUCAAUAAUUUGACUACUGUAGCCAAGGCACGAGAUCUGACUAGGGAGAAAGGUUUCCCCUGGCUGUGCCUUCCAUCACGCAUGGCAGACAUAUGA